AUGAGUAGAGGAGGGAAACUCGCCCCAGAAGUCAACCGAGCUCUAUUCGUCAAGAAUCUGAGCUACAACGUAACGCCCGAAGAGCUGUUCGACCUCUUCGGCAAGUUUGGUCCUGUGCGCCAAAUCCGCCAGGGCAUCGCCAACAACACCAAAGGCACCGCCUUCGUCGUUUACGAGGACGUCAUGGACGCGAAGCAAGCCUGCGACAAGCUCAACGGCUUCAACUUCCAGAACCGCUACCUCGUCGUAUUAUACCACCAGCCCGAAAAGAUGGCCCGCUCGAAAGAGGACCUCGCAGAGCGCCAACAGAAUCUAGAAAACCUCAAGCGCCAGCACGGUAUCGAAUAA